AUGGGCAAGAGACCGCUGACAAGAACGACUUCGGCUUCCUCGCCCAGGCCAUCAUGUCCCGGUGGUCGCCAGAAACCCGGUCCUCCGCCCAAAAGAAGCUUCAUUCCAUCCACGGGCGAUCCAGUUGAUCACGGUCGACGCGCCUCAAGGGAUCCGAAAGAAGAUAAUACUUAUUUCGGAGAUAUGCUACCAGAUGAUGGUGCGGCGCAGGAUGCCGGUUACGAGGCUGACGUGGAAAUCGUCAGACCUUAUGCUGUUGAGGAGCCGGACGAAGAGACAGAUGUGACCCCGACAUCAGUUGCUACACCGAAACUACUAGAUUCAACGGAGCAGUGGCAGAGGGAAUUGCUGAGCUCUUUACGCGGUCUCUACUGCGACUCGGAUAGCACCGAUACACCACCACUUGUCAGACACAAACGAGGCAGAAAACGAAAGCCGGAUACUUCAAUAACUUCAUAUCAGAAUGAUCAAAACACUCAGCAACCCGUAAAGGACUGGAGUGUUGAUGUUGACAUGGGACGGGGUAGCACCUUCUUGAGUCCCAAGAGGCGUCGUCAGAAGAGUACGAGGUCUAGAGAAGAUAUCAAAAUCUCUCACAGCAGCCAUCUGGCCAGUGAGCAUUCGAGUACGGUAUCCAGUUCGGUGGAUUUGUCUACAGGCACUCAUGAGAAUGAGAGACGAAACUUACCUGAACGUGAGUUGUCGGCAAAGGAUAUGAUGGAUAUUGAUUGA